GUAAAACAGGUGUCAUUUAAUUUCCCUCCAUUCUUGGUUGACAUCUUUUUCCGGUCUGCACUACUCUUCAAAACACAAAAUUUAGCGAGUUUCCCAUUCUCACAACUCACAAGCUUGCGACUAAGAUUCACCUUCAAACUCCAUUGAUGGAAGAAGAUCGAGAAAUGGCACCCAUGAAGUCAUCUCCGGUAAUAAAUUCCCGUCAAUCGCCGCAACAACAUCGAGAGGAUGAAGUUCAAGUUGAUGAUGCAGAACAACAAACAGGAGAAGAACUUCUUGCAUGCUCAACUCAUCAUCCUUGUGCUCCUGCUGACGAGGUAUUUGACAUCCAAACAACUAUUGAUCCUAGUUAUAUAAUUUCCCUGAUACGCAAACUUGUCCCUAUUGAUGAAAGACAAUGUGACGACCUUCAAAGACUUUCUGAAGGGAACAACCGUCAAAGUAAAGAAAAUGAUCAGAUGGUAAAUGGUACUUUCUCGCCAAAGACAAAUGGUAGUCCGAAUAAAAAUGGCAAUAGAGAGACAAUGCGGCCUGUUGGUCUUGAACAUUCUUCAGUUUCAGCUGGGACAGAUUAUAAACACUCUGAUCCUCCUAAAAAGUUGGCCAGAGAAGAGGCGUGGGAAGAUAGUGGUUGUAUUUUGUGGGACCUUGCUGCUAAUAAGGAACAUGCAGAAUUAAUGGUUCAGAACCUUGUGCUUGAAGUCCUUUUGGCCAAUCUUAUAACAUCUGAUUCUGUCCGUAUUAGUGAGAUUAGCCUUGGAAUUUUAGGCAACCUUGCCUGCCAUGAGGCUCUCAUGAAUCAGUUUACCACCACAAAUACACUGCUGGAGACACUUGUAGAUCAAGUGUUCUCAAAUGAUGCCCUUUGCCUUUGUGAAGUCUUCCGGUUGCUAACUUUGGGUCUUCAAGGAUGCCAACGCGCUAUGUGGGCUAGAGCAUUGCAGUCAGACCAGAUCUUAAGUCGUGUGCUUUGGAUCACAGAGAAUACCUUAAACCCAACUCUUGUUGAGAAGAUUUCUGGGUUCUUUUUAGCUAUUAUGGAAAACCAACACGAAGUGGCUCCUAUUCUUUUUCCAACUCUCAUAAAAUUGGGGCUACCAGAGCUUUUGGUUAAUCUCCUGGCUUUGGAAAUGGGAAAAGUAACAACGGACAGAAUGCUUGAAAGGUAUCCAGCUCUUGAUUCUGUUCUUCGUGCAAUUGAAGCCCUUUCUGUCAUGGAUGAUUAUUCGGAAAGAAUAUGUUCAAAUAAGGAAGUUCUUCAGAUGGCUAUGGAGCUAAUCAAAAUACCUGAAAAGCAGGAGAUCUCCAGUUCAUGUGUAACAGCAGCAAUUUUGAUAGCAAACCUUCUUGCUGAUUCUCCUGAUCUGGCAUCCAAGUUGUCUGAAGAUUUCCUUUUGUUGCAGUCUCUCCUUGAUCUGUUUCCUUUUACUUCGGAAGAUUUUGAGGCAAGAUAUGCAUUAUGGAGUUUAGUGGGCAGGCUUCUGUUUCAUAUUCAAGAAGCAGAGAUGUUACCUUCAAAACUCAACCAAUUUGUAUGGAUACUUGUAAACCACUCAGAUAUAAUAGAAGAUGCUCUCCUUGAGAGUGAGUGGGGUAGAUCCCUUGAACAUGAUACUACAACGAUAACGGAAGCAAAGCGUGGCUCCAAAACAGUUGCUAUCAAAUGUAUUGUCAAAAUUCUGAAUCAGUGGAAUUCGGUGAAGGAUAAGGUCUUUGAAGAAAGCUGUGAUGCUGAUAAAGAUCCUACAGGGAAACUUAUCGUCGAUGAUAGGGAUGUUCAACGACUACUUGACUGCUGUCUUACCCACACAAGCUUUGAGUAAAACCUGGCUAAGUAUCCUUAACACUUCUUUGGAAGAACUGCUUCUGUUGUUUCUGGGUUUCCACAGUGGUUUAGGAAAUUUCUGCAAUAUUCUAUAUUGAUUUAGUUGUUUACUUUGGACCUACCGGUGCAACUUUGGAUGCCAAUGUUCCUCUGAAAGGAGGGGUCAACAACAACAACAAUGUCGCCUUAAUCCGAAAUUAUUGGGGUCGAUUACAUGAACCAAUUUUUCAGUUCCAAUGGUCGUCCACAUAGAUUAUUCUUCUCCAUUCAAUUCCGAUUUUCUACCAUCUCAAUUUGUAAGUCUAGAUCCUUCAUAUCAUUUUCUGCUCAUGUCCUCCAAGUCAUCUUUGGUCUUUCUUGCCACUUUUAAGUCUUUCGAGAAACAAAAGAAGACUUCCACCUCCAAGUUUAACUCAGACGUCGCUCGCUUCUUUUUGGGUGUGAAGUAGUGUCUAACCAAAAUACCCAACAAGCAUUAGCUCUCCCUGGAAAGGAGGUGAUCCAGCCGCACCUUCCAGUACGGCUACCUUGUUACGACUUCACUCCAGUCACUAGCCCUGCCUUCGGCAUCCCCCUCCUUGCGGUUAAGGUAACGACUUCGGGCAUGGCCAGCUUACCGAUUCCCUAUUAUCCCGUCUUUACACAUGCCCUAACCAUUUUAAAUGAUUUUCUUUCAUCUUUUCUUCAAAAUUUAUUACUCUUUAUUCCUAAACCCUUUCUCAUAUCUUCGUUUCAAAUUUUAUCCCUCAAGGUAUGUGUACUCAUCCAUCGAAGGAGCAUUCGCAUUUGCGCUAUUACUAUCUUUCUACUACCUUCCUUUCUAAAAUCCCAACAUUUUGAUCCAUAUAGCAUUGUUGGUUUAAUGGUCGUUCGAUAAAACUUACCCUUUAACUUUAAUGACACACCUCGAUCACAUGAUAUUCCAUCUCUAUUUUUGCCACUUUCACUUAAUUCUAUGAGUCACAUCUCCUCACUACGAAAUAUUCCCUCUCUAUUUUUGCCACCUUCACAUAAUAUUUUGUUUGUGCUAAAGUUGCACUCCUUGUAUUCUUUCUUGCUUCGACUUCACUUGAAACCUCAUGAGUCCAACUCUUGUAUCUAUCAUUCUAACUUAGCAUUUACCUUCUCCCUUGUCUAAUAUACCAAGACAAUGUCAUCAGCAAACAAUAUGUAUCAAAGUAUGUCUCGUUCUAUUGAUCGAGUUAUUUCAUCUUAAUUCGUCGCCUAAAAAAGAGGGUUACUGUCCAGUCUUGAUUAAAGCCAAUUGUGAUUGGAAAAUCUUCUUUCCCCCUCCACAUAUCCUAACAUCUGUCUUUACUUCUCAAUGUGUAUCUUGCACUAUAUUAAUGUAUUUUUUUUAUAAUACCAUUCUCAUUGGCCACCAAAGUACUUCUCUUGAUACCUUGUCAUAUGUUUUUCCAAAUAAUUGAAAAGGAUGUGCAAGUCUCUUUUUGUAGCACUAUAGUACUCCAUCAUUAUAAUUUUGGUAAUCGGUAUUAAAUGAUAGGAAUGUUGAUGAAAAGUAUAAUUUUGGUAGGAAUAUCUCUUGACAAGUUUAAGUUUAAUGGUCAUGGUGAUACUCUUUCUACAAUCUCAUUUUCUUCACAAAUUCAUUCCAACGCAUUACCAUUUGAAUAUGUGAUAUUAGGUGGUAAUGGAAAAUUGUGAGGAAAAAAAACUUUUUUAUGAUCAAACUUUCAUUAGCAUGGGAAUGACAUCAUACAUAUGAAAUUUUACACUACAAUUCAUUUCAUUCCCACCAUUUAUGACCGAUUACCAAACGGGCUGAAAGGUUUUGAGAUUUACGAAAAUAUUCAUUCAUUGCAUCUGUCGUUUUACCUGCAUACCCAUGCAUAUGUAUAUUUUGUUCUAUAUUAUUUUGUUGUAAUUCGUUUAACUAUCCUCAUUAUGAUAAACUUUUACUUUCAAAAUUCUCCCUAUUUUCCUCUAUUAAGCAAUUCUAACCAUUAGAUUUGAGUAAUGGACCUUCCAUUACAUUUUAAGUAAUGAAGAGGAUCCUAACUUCUACAAUGGUGUGCCUAUGUAUGCAAUGUGAUUUAGCAUGGGCAAAAUUCUAUGAUG